ACAGUAUUUGUGUUAAUAAGUGUUAGUUAUGAAUUUUCCUCAAAUGGAAGACGAUGAUCCCUAUGAGAAUAAUAAUCAGCCACGUCAACGUCUUCGCUCAUGGUUAACUAAUCAACUUGAUAUUGGACAAUGUCCUGGAUGUCAGUGGUUGGAUUAUGAUAGAAAAAUAUUUAAAUUGACAUGGAAACACUAUGGUAGGCCAGGUUUUGAUCAAGAAAAUGAUGCAAAAAUGUUUCGUGAAUGGGCUCUGCAUACUCGACGAUGGUCACCUGGAGAUCCACCUGAUGUUUCUACUUGGAAAACAAGAUUUCGGAAUGCCUUACAUAAAAUGCCAGACAUUGAGGAGAUGCAUUCAAUGCAUGAAUUGGAAGGAAGUGAACCUUAUCGUGUUUAUCGCUUUCGAUCUCCUUCGGAGUUAGAGAAUUUUAGAGACAAUCAAAGGAAUGGUGCACUAGUUCCUAAUUCCUAUGCUUCAAAUCAAAGUGGUUCAACUGUUACUCAACAUUCUUCGGUACUUCCUAUGAUGUUGCCUAGUAAUUUGAUAUCAUCAGUGCCUAGCAUUGCUUCAACUUUUGUGCACAAGAAUUCCCCAACUCAAAGUAGUCAUUUAUCGACCUUUCCUAACCAGAUAUUUUCUUCUAACAUAGAAGCACCAAUUUUGACACCUUUUAAUGCAGUUUCUAAUUGUGUUCCAAUUGCCUCACCUUAUAACGACCCAACUUGUGCAUCGCCUUAUAACGACUCAUCGUGUUCAUCAUUUGAUUCCCGUCAGUCAUUUAACUCUCAUCCAAAUAAUUCUACUCCAAAAAUCGAAGCUAUUAAAAAAUUUCUAACUAAGUCUGAGCACAGUUGGAGUGAAGAUAUAGGUGUCGUGAAUGGAAUAGCAAAUGGAAUGAAUGGAAGUGUCAACGAAUUUGAAGAAGUUGUCCAAGAUUUAAAUAGCAUUCUUGAGAAAAUGGUUGGAGAGGUUGUAAAUACUGCUAUAUCAAUAACAUUGUAUUUUGCUGACCGAGAAGUUUUAACAAAAGUUGUGAACAACAGUAAUGGUGUACGAAUUGCUUAUAAAGCCCCCCCUCCAGUACCUAUUGAUAUGGGUAGAGAGGCAGAAGCGGAAAGUGUUUUGUCAGAAAUUUAUGGAAAUUUAAAUGCUGAACAGAUUUAUUAUCCUCAUGGGCAUGAUAAAAAUACACAAAAUUUGCUUGAAUGGAUUCAAAGAGGUUUGUUAAUUAUGGUAGAUCAAAGAGGAGACAUUUACGCAAAAAGACUUAGUCAAGCAAAGGUUUUUUAUGCAAAAAGUCCUAUGUCUGAACCUAAAGGUCUUGUCAGAUCAGAAAAAACUCUUAUAUGGAGUUUUGAAGAUGACUUUUUGCAUCAAUUUAAAGCUUAUAAAUCCUCACAAAUAAAUAUGGCUCCUUCAUUUGAGUUAGUUUUCUCUUUUGGUCAAGAAUGGACACAUGCAUCUCAUUUGAAAGAAAUGCUUAUUCAUUGUUCCUUAACUCAUCUUUUAUCAAGGAAGAUGUUUAAAGAUUUUAAAGAACAGAAAUUAGUUGAUGUUCAGAUUUCAACACAAGAUCAUUUUGAUAUUUUAAAAGAUAGUUUUGAUAAAUUUGCUUUAUGAGAGACAGAAUCAAAUGCAUAUUUGAAAUAUAUAUUUAUUGAAAUUUUGCAUAAUAAUAUAUAAUAUAAUAAUAUUUGAUUA